AAAUCUAAAUAAAUAGCUUCAUAUAAAAUUAAAUUAAGAAGAGUCUUCCCCUAUACGAAAAUAUGGGUAACAUAUUUCAUAAAAAAAAUAUGUUUUUAUUUAUUUAAGAAAGUAUUAUGAUUUUUUUUACCCGUAACAAAGCAAGAGCAUUUAGCUAGUAUUAUGGACGCCCUUAGUGCUCAGUCAAUCACCACACAGCCAUUUCUUUUUUAUUCAGGCCGGUCAAAAGGGGUUCAGGAGUUGGUAGCAUCACUAAUAUGCUCUGUUCGUUUGGGCAGGUUCCCAACUCCUCUUUCUUGUUUUCCGUGCGCACGCUUUUCAAACUGCUAAACGGUACGUUUUUUUGCAAAAAAAUUCUUUAAGAAAGUUGCUUAAAAAAAUCAUAUUAAUCUAUUUUUGAAAAAAAAUUAGCUAAUACUUAAUUAAUCACGUGCUAAUGGACCGCUCCGUUUUUCGUGCAUAGGAGUUUGGUUCCCAUCUCCCCCAAACGAACAGGGGCGUGAACAGUUGGGGCAUGUGGCAUCGUCUCAUCUUUCCGCGGAUCGCCAGCACAACACAGCCAUCGCGCCCCCAACCGCCGUCAGGCUGCUAACAUGUCAACAGCUAGCAACCUGGCACCACAAAGCAAAGCAUAUCAUCCGUCCGUCCGUCCGUCCAUCCACGGCUGAGGAGCGCACGAACCGACGAAGAAAAAGGGGGCAAAUCGCAAAUCCAUCCAUCACUUUGCCGCCGCCGCCGCCGUUUCCUCCUCCUCCCUUUCCGAGAGAGAUGGGGCGGCGCGCGCGCUGCCUCUGCCUCCUCCUCCUCCUCCUCCUCGUCGUAGGUGGCGGUUUCCACGUGGCCAACGCGCAGGCGUCGCCGGCGCCGCCACAGACGGGCACGAGGGCGGUCAACCGCGCCGUGUCCACCGUCAUCACCGUCGUCAUCGGCGUCUUCUUCGUCCUCGUCUUCGUAUGCGUCAUCGUCAACCAGUGCUGCGACUGCGACUCCUCCGCUGGCGCUGGGGCUGGGCAAGGGCAGUCGUCGGCUGCUCGGCGCCGCCGCGGGCUCGACCCGGCGGCGGUGGCGGCGAUCCCGGUCGUGCCGUACGCGGAGGUCAGGAAGCACAGGAGCGGCGGCGGCGGCGCGCUGGAGUGCGCCGUGUGCCUCACCGUGUUCGACGACGGGGACGACCUCCGCCUCCUCCCGCAGUGCUCCCACGCGUUCCACCCCGACUGCAUCGACCCCUGGCUCGAGGGCCACGUCACCUGCCCGCUGUGCCGCGCCAACCUCGAGAAGCAGCCAGCGCCGUCGCCGCCUGCCGUGGAGUUCUCCUCCUCGCCUGCUGCGGCCGCGGCGGCGGCGGAGGAGUCGCGUACGCCCGAGGCCGCGGCGGUGCGGGUUGAGGAGGUGGCGGAGGCGAGCGACGAAGAGGAGACGAGGAGGAGGGAGGAGGAGGCCGUGGAGCUGGAGAGUCUGCGCGCCGUGCGGCGGGCGGCGAGGAUGCCGAGGUCGAACUCGACGGGGCACUCGCUGUGCGCGCUGCCGGCGCCGCGCGCGCCGGGGCCGGGCGACGGCGGUGACCACGAGAGGUUCACGGUGCGGCUGCCGCCGCACGUCCGGGAGGAGGUGCUCAAGUCGAGGCGCCUCCGGCACGCCACGAGCCUCGUCCUCGGCAUCAGGGGAUCGAGCCGCGAGGGCAGCUCGAGGGGCGGCGGCGGGAGCUGGCACGGCGCGCGGCGGUGGCCGUCCUUCCUGGCAAGGACGGUGUCGUGGGCGCGCGGCGGCGUGGGAGCGGACACCAGCGCGAAGGAGACGCCAUGCCGUGAUGCGGUCUGAUCCGUGCAAAGCCGGCGAGAUUUUGUGAAAAAAAAUUUCUCUUUUUAUGUAGAGGAAUUAAUUUAAUUUGUUCGCGUGCGAAGGCUGAAAAACCUUGUACAUACACCAGGUUGUUUGCCAUUUGAAAUUAUUAUAAUUUUGCUUAUUAGUAGUAAUCGCGUGCACGUAAUGUACAAACCGUGGCAAAUAUAUUUGAAAUUUCGUUUGUUUUAUUGUUGGAUGUGUCA